AAAAACAUCAAAUAAAAAUAUAGAUCAAUUUUUUACUCAGUCCCAAGCGCAGAACUACUCAAUCGAGGACGAUUCUCCAUUUCUCUCAUCCAAAAUUCAACAAAGAACUUGGUCAGCGACAAAUUAGGGUUUUGCAAGUUUCAACUCACAGCACAGGAUAAAUGGCAUCCGAACCCGUCAAUGUGAAUGAGUACCAAGAAUUGGCUAGGCAAGCCCUUCCGAAAAUGUACUAUGAUUACUACACUGGGGGAGCUGAGGACCAGCACACACUAAAAGAGAACGUUGAAGCAUUUCGCAGAAUCACGUUGCGGCCUAGAAUUCUUGUCGAUGUUAGCAGAGUAGAUAUGUCAACCACCGUAUUGGGUUACAAAAUCUCAGCACCUAUAAUGCUUGCUCCUACUGCCAUGCAUCAAUUGGCCCACCCCGAAGGAGAGGUUGCAACUGCUAGAGCAGCAGCUGCGUGUAACACCAUAAUGAUUUUGUCCUACAUGUCCACCUGCACUGUGGAGGAGGUUGCUUCGAGCUGCAAUGCUGUUCGGUUCUUUCAAAUAUAUGUUUACAAAAGACGAGAUAUCUCAGCUCAGAUGGUUCGCAGAGCUGAAAAAAAUGGAUACAAGGCUAUUGUCCUAACCGCUGAUACUCCCAGACUUGGUCGAAGAGAGGCAGACAUAAAGAAUAAAAUGGUAGCGCCUCAGUUGAGGAAUUUCGAAGGCCUUAUAUCAACUGAAGUAGACAGUGAUGAAGGGUCAAACUUGGAAGCUUUUGCUAAAGGGACUUUUGAUGCUUCUCUGUGCUGGGAGGACAUAGGGUGGCUGAAAUCUAUUACAAACUUGCCAAUUCUAAUCAAGGGGGUUCUCACUCAUGAAGAUGCAAGAAAGGCUAUGGAGGUAGGUGUUGCUGGGAUUGUUGUCUCCAACCAUGGAGCGCGUCAACUCGAUUAUACUCCUGCCACUAUUUCUGUCCUGGAAGAGGUGGUUCAUGCUGUUGGAGGAAAAAUUCCUGUUCUUUUUGAUGGAGGAAUACGGCGAGGAACAGAUGUGUUCAAGGCGCUGGCCCUCGGUGCACAAGCUGUCCUUGUUGGAAGGCCCGUUGUCUAUGGCCUAGCAGCAAACGGAAAACAGGGAGUUAAGAGGGUGAUCGAAAUGUUGAAGGAUGAGUUUGAGCUCACAAUGGCCCUUUCUGGCUGUCCUCGUAUCAGGGAUAUUACCAGGAGCCAUGUCAGAACAGAAAGUGAUAAACUCCAUUCGAUGCUCUAAUUUAUUUAAGUGAUGUGAUUUCACACAUCUCUUUCUCCCCGCAACACUCUCUGUAUUUUCCGGUCUCUGGAUUGAAUAAAUUAGAGGAGAACCGUGGACAUAAACAAACAGAGGUGCGCAAAAGGAGAAGGAAUCAUUUUUCUAUUGUAAAAACAUCAAUUAAGAUAAUAUUCUGCAGAGACGUGGAUGGAACUGUAGAUUCUAAAACUAGCUGUUGUAAUCCAACUUUUUUAAAGACGAAACUCGUAGCUUCUACUCGAUUUUCUUCA